CAGCUGGUCAAGGAGAUGCAGCUUCAUCGAGAAGACUUCGAAAUAAUUAAAGUAAUCGGAAGAGGUGCUUUCGGUGAGGUUGCUGUUGUCAAAAUGAAGAACACUGAGCGAAUUUAUGCGAUGAAAAUCCUCAACAAGUGGGAAAUGCUUAAAAGAGCAGAGACUGCUUGUUUCCGAGAAGAGCGCGACGUGCUGGUGAACGGCGACUGCCAGUGGAUCACUGCUCUGCACUACGCCUUCCAGGACGAAAACUACCUGUACUUAGUCAUGGAUUACUACGUGGGUGGUGAUUUACUGACCCUGCUCAGUAAAUUCGAAGACAAGCUUCCAGAAGAUAUGGCAAGAUUCUACAUCGGUGAAAUGGUGUUGGCCAUUGAUUCCAUCCAUCAGCUUCACUACGUGCACAGAGACAUUAAACCUGACAAUGUCCUUUUGGACGUGAAUGGUCACAUCCGCCUGGCCGACUUUGGAUCCUGUUUGAAGAUGAGUGACGAUGGAACUGUCCAGUCCUCUGUGGCCGUGGGCACUCCUGACUACAUCUCACCGGAGAUCCUGCAGGCCAUGGAGGACGGCAUGGGCAAGUACGGCCCCGAGUGUGACUGGUGGUCUCUGGGCGUCUGCAUGUACGAGAUGCUGUAUGGAGAGACGCCCUUCUACGCAGAGUCCCUCGUGGAGACCUACGGAAAGAUCAUGAACCACGAAGAGCGAUUUCAGUUUCCGUCCCACGUCACGGAUGUGUCUGAAGAAGCCAAAGACCUCAUCCAAAGACUCAUCUGCAGCAGAGAGCGCCGGCUGGGCCAGAAUGGGAUAGAAGACUUCAAAAAGCAUGCGUUCUUUGAAGGUCUGAAUUGGGAAAAUAUACGAAACCUGGAAGCACCUUAUAUUCCCGAUGUGAGCAGUCCUUCUGACACCUCCAACUUCGACGUGGACGACGACGUGCUGAGAAACACCGAAAUAUUACCUCCUGGUUCUCACACAGGCUUCUCUGGGCUCCAUUUGCCAUUCAUCGGCUUUACAUUUACAACGGAAAGGUGGGUCCAGCUCUGUGGUUCCCCAGGCGGAGGCUUCCCUUGGGCGAGAUGGCAGUUGAUGGGCGAGCUCCGGGCGGAGUCCACCCAGACGGUGCAGUCCCUGCACGGCUCCACCCGGGCCCUGGGCGGCUCAGCCCGCGAUAAGGAAAUCAAAAAGCUAAAUGAGGAGAUAGAGCGUCUGAAGAAUAAAAUAGCAGACUCCAAUAGGCUCGAGCGACAGCUGGAGGACACAGUGACCCUUCGCCAGGAGCAUGAGGAUUCCACACAGCGGCUGAAAGGCCUGGAGAAGCAGUACCGCGUGGUGCGGCAAGAAAAGGAGGAUUUUCACAAGCAACUGAUUGAAGCUUCCGAGCGAUUGAAGUCCCAGGCCAGAGAGCUCAAAGACGCCCACCAGCAACGCAAGCUGGCCCUGCAGGAGUUCUCCGAGCUGAACGAGCGCAUGGCAGAACUCCGCUCCCAGAAGCAAAAGGCAUCCCGGCAGCUGCGGGACAAAGAGGAAGAGGUAGAGGUAGCCAUGCAGAAGAUCGACUCCAUGCGGCAGGAAAUCCGCAAGUCGGAGAAGUUGAGGAAAGAGCUGGAAGCCCGCCUGGAGGACACCGUCGCCGAGGCCUCCCGGGAGCGCAAGCUUCGCGAGCACAGCGAGAACUUCUCCAAGCAAGUGGAGAGUGAGCUCGAGGCCCUCAAGAUGAAGCAAGGAGGCCGGGGCCCGGGGGCCACCUUAGAACAUCAGCAGGAGAUUUCCAAAAUCAAAUCUGAACUUGAGAAGAAAGUCCUGUUCUAUGAAGAGGAGUUGGUCAGGCGUGAGGCCUCCCAUGUGCUGGAAGUAAAAAAUGUGAAAAAGGAGGUACACGAUUCGGAAAGCCACCAGCUGGCCCUGCAGAAGGAAGUUCUCAUGCUGAAAGACAAAUUGGAAAAGUCAAAGCGAGAACGGCACGCCGAAAUGGAGGAAGCAGUCGGCACGAUAAGAGACAAAUACGAGCGCGAAAGGGCGAUGCUGUUUGAGGAAAACAAGAAGCUGACAGCUGAGAACGAGCGGCUUUGUUCCUUUGUGGAUAAACUCACAGCUCAAAAUAGACAGCUGGAGGAUGAACUACAGGACCUGGCGGCCAAGAAGGAGUCGGUGGCCCACUGGGAAGCCCAGAUCGCAGAGAUCAUUCAGUGGGUCAGUGACGAGAAAGACGCCCGAGGUUACCUUCAGGCUCUUGCUUCCAAGAUGACCGAAGAGCUCGAGACACUGAGGAGCUCCAGUCUGGGGUCGAGAGCACUGGACCCCCUUUGGAAAGUGCGCCGUAGUCAGAAGCUAGACAUGUCUGCACGGCUAGAGUUGCAAUCUGCUCUUGAGGCGGAGAUCCGGGCCAAACAGCUUGUUCAAGAGGAGCUGAGGAAAGUCAAAGACGCGAAUCUCUCCUUUGAAAGUAAACUAAAGGAUUCCGAAGCCAAAAAUAGAGAAUUAUUAGAAGAAAUGGAAAUUUUGAAGAAAAAGAUGGAAGAAAAAUUUAGAGCAGAUACUGGAUUGAAACUUCCAGAUUUUCAGGAUUCUAUCUUUGAGUAUUUCAACACUGCACCUCUUGGACACGAUCUGACAUUUAGAAGCAGCUCCACUGGGGAGCAGGAAACACAAGCCCCGAAGCCAGAGGUGUCCCCGUCGGUGUCUGUGGCUGCAAGCACAGAGCAGCAAGAAGACAUGGCUCGGGCCCCACAGAGGCCGCCCACCGUGCCGCUGCCCACCACGCAGCCCCUCGCUCUGGCUGGACCAAAGCCUCCCGUGAUUGUGUCCUCGUGUCUGUCCUCCCAACGGGACGGGGUGUGCUCCUUCGCUUGCCACGUGGCCUGCAGAGACAGCGCUCCCCAGGUGUGCCCCAUCCCUCCUGAGCAGUCCAAGCGGCCGCUCGGCGUGGACGUGCAGAGAGGCAUAGGGACGGCCUACAAGGGCUACGUCAAGGUCCCAAAGCCUACCGGGGUGAAGAAGGGGUGGCAGCGGGCUUACGCGGUGGUCUGUGACUGCAAGCUCUUCCUCUACGACCUGCCCGAAGGAAAAUCCACCCAGCCUGGCGUUGUCGCCAGCCAGGUCCUGGACCUCAGGGAUGAGGAGUUCUCGGUGAGCUCGGUCCUGGCCUCAGAUGUCAUACAUGCUUCUCGCCGAGAUGUCCCGUGUAUAUUCAGGGUGACAGCCUCUCUCUUAGGGACACCUUCUAAGACCAGCUCACUGCUCAUUCUGACAGAAAAUGAGAACGAAAAGAGGAAGUGGGUUGGGAUUCUAGAAGGACUGCAGUCGAUCCUCCACAAGAACCGCUUGAGGAACCAGAUCGUGCACGUCCCGCAGGAGGCCUACGACAGCACACUGCCUCUCAUCAAGGCCGUCCUGAGCGCCGCCGUCGUGGAUGGGGACAGGAUCGUGGUCGGCCUGGAAGAAGGGCUCUAUGUCAUAGAGGUGACCCGUGAUGUGAUCGUCCGCGUUGCCGACUACAAGAAAGUGUACCAGAUCGAGCUCGCUCCCAAAGAGAAAAUCGCCGUCCUCCUCUGCGGCCGCAACCACCACGUCCAUCUCUGUCCGUGGUCUGCCUUUGAUGGGGCGGAGAGCAAUGUCGACAUCAAGCUUCCGGAAACAAAAGGCUGCCAGCUCAUAGCGACUGCAACCUUGAAGAAGAGCUCUUCCACCUGCCUGUUCGCGGCCGUGAAGCGGCUGGUCCUCUGCUAUGAGGUCCAGAGAACUAGGCCUUUCCACAGGAAGUUCAAUGAGCUGGUGGCCCCCGGCCCCGUGCAGUGGAUGGCCGCGAUCAAAGACAAGCUCUGUGUGGGCUACCCUUCUGGGUUCUGUGUGCUGAGCCCCCAGGGGGACGGGCAGGCUCUAACCCUGGUAAAUCCCAGUGACCCCUCGCUCACGUUCCUCUCACAGCAGUCUUUUGAUGCCCUUUGUGCUGUGGAGCUCAAAAGCGAGGAGUACCUGCUUUGCUUCAGCCACAUGGGACUGUACGUGGACCCGCAAGGCCGGAGGUCACGCAUGCAGGAGCUCAUGUGGCCUGCGGCGCCUGUUGCCUGUAGUAUGUAUAUGUUUUCUGUUGCCAUAUCUCUGUUGCCGCUUUUCACAUCGACAAUAAGGCCGCUCAACUCUGAGGGCACCCUCAAUCUGCUCAGCUGCGAGCCCCCCCGCUUGAUCUACUUCAAGAGCGAGAACUCGGGAACGGUCCUCAACGUGCCCGACACGUCCGACGGCAGCAAGAAGCAGAUGCUGCGGACCAGGAGCAAGAGGCGGUUUGUGUUCAAGGUGCCGGAGGAGGAGCGGCUGCAGCAGCGGCGAGAGAUGCUCAGAGACCCAGAAUUGAGGUCCAAAAUGAUCUCCAACCCGACCAACUUCAACCACGUGGCCCACAUGGGCCCGGGCGACGGGAUGCAGGUGCUCAUGGACUUGCCUCUGGUGAGCUCGCAGGACGGGGCGAGGGAGCCACAUCCGCGCCUGCCUGUGUCACCGGCCCCGGCCCUGCUGGCCCUGCAGCCGCCCCAGGGGCUGCGUGCGUAUGACGGCUGUCCUCGUUCCGUAGGUGGGUCGGAGCCCGGAGUGGCUGUGCCCCUUAGGAGUAUGUCCGACCCCGACCAGGACUUUGACAAAGAGCCCGACUCGGAUUCGACCAAACACUCGACUCCAUCGAACAGCUCCAACCCCAGUGGCCCCCCAAGCCCCAACUCCCCGCACAGGAGCCAGCUCCCCCUGGAAGGCCUGGAGCAGCCGGCCUCCGACGCCUGA